AUGCUUGGAAAUGGUGAAAGCUCUGGAAAGUCAAAGAAAGGGAAAGGGAAGAAAGUUCUGUUUGAUUCCGAAGAUUCGCAUGAACCCAGGAGUCCAAAGUUUAAUGGAAAUGCUGAUACACCAGCUGCAAAAGGUGGAAAAGGAGGCAGGACUGCAAAUGGCUCUAAGAAAACCUCUGGAAAAGCAACUUCACAAGUGGACCAAAGGCGCGAGCAAGAGCUUCCUCCAUAUUCUGAGUGUUUAAUGGACUGUGAAGCCGUAGAAAUCUUGCAAAGCAUCCAGGAUCAGAUGGUUAUACUGUCUCAAGAUCCAGACAUAAAACUUCCAGUGUCAUUUGAUAUGGGACUGACAUAUGCAAAGAGAAGUGAUAAUUCUGCAAAGCCUGAAACAGUGAAGAAAAUAUUUGCACCUCUGAAGAAGCAUGGUGUUUCUGAAAGUGAGAUUUGCAUGAUUGUUAACAUAUGCCCUGAAUCAGUGGAUGAAGUCUUUGCCCUAAUCCCAGGGCUCAAGCCCAAGAUGAGCAAGUUAAAAGAUCCUAUCAGAAUUGCUCUGGAUGAAUUAGCCAACCUAAAGGAAGCACUGGCUAACCUGAAAAAUUUACGAGUAUAGAGAAAGGACUGUUGUAUAUGCUGAAUUUGGGGGCUCGGUUAUUUUGUGAAGCAACAGCAUCUGACUUUGCUAACAGCCAACAUUUUCCAAUGUAGGAUAGCAAAUUAUGAUUGUUGGCAACAUGAGUUACUGAGAAGGAUUUUAGAUGGCAGCUAGGACCUCAACCAUCCACAUUUCUGAUAUUUUGGCUUGUUAAAAUGUCUAGUGUAUGUACUUACUGUCUCCAAAACAUUCCGGAGUAUUAUUUUGACCGAUCAUGGUGAAGCAUUCGGUUAAAGACUGGCUUUAAUGUCAGAAUUUGGGCAAUGGCGUAACACAACAUAUGUCAGGGAUAUAAGUCUCUCGACAAACUAGCAUAUACAUGGAAUUUAUUUUCUACUAUUGUCAGCCAAUUCCAUUUUUUUUAUAAUUUUACACUAACACGGCAUGUUUAAGUUGCAUAUUAUAUAUAAAAGUAUGAUAUUUUAUGAUGUAGUUAGGGCUGCAAACGAGCCGAGUCGAGCAUUGGCUUUAUCGAGCAGGAUUGAAUAAUUUUUUAGCUGCUCGAGCUAGAGUUCGAUUUAUGAGGUUCGAGCUCGACUUCAAAUCAAAAUGCUCAAGUUCGGCUUAAAAAAUUUUAAAUGGAAAAAUAAAAUUACCAUUAAGCAUCUAUGUUAUAUUAUUAUAAUACAUGUAAGAGGUAUUUUAGUAAUUUAACAUAUAUCACGAGCUACUCGACAAUGUAAAAUAUGGACUCGAGUUUGAGUCGAGCUUUGAUUCGAGCGCUCGC